GCAAACUACAUGCUCCUUGUCUCCAGAUCUAGCCCGCCGUGAACGUGGGGAGUUGAUCAAUGAGAACGGAAGUUGAGCCUUAGGAGUGGGCUAGAAAUGACGUGCCCCCCAACAAUAUGAGAACAAUGGAUUUCUGCUGCACAUGCACCUUUCCUUAGCGGCGGAUCCCGGUACAGGUAGGUAUACAACCGAAUAAAUAGACGUCAAUUGCUUGGGCUUUGCAAGAUUCUCCACGCUCUCUCCCUCCUCUCCCCCACAUCAACUACAAGACAAUGUCUAUCAUCGACACCACCAAAGACUUGUCGGCACUCUUCACGCAACAGGUCAAAGUUACGCCUGAUGCCAUUGCGCUAGAGGACGAGAAGAACACAUAUACAUACCAGCAGCUCCACGACAAAGUCUCUGAGCUUGCUCUACAGCUCCGCGGUCACGGCGUGGGUCGUGACAGGCUAGUCGGUGUGCUACUACCGCGUUCUGCCGAUUAUGUUAUCGCAUGUUUAGCGGCGCUGGCGGCAGGUGGAGCCUUCCUGGUGCUCGAAUUAGCUUAUCCGCCGGAUCUACUUGCCGACGUGCUCGACGACGCCAGACCUACUGCUGUGGUCACAAUCAGCGCCGAGGUGGGCAAAAUCUCGGCGGGAGUCCCGUUGGUGGUGCUGGAUGAGCAAGAUUCAAAGAAAAAUGGCCAUGUGGACGAGUCAGAACUACUGCCUCUGCCAGAAGAGACGGACUUGGACCGGUUAUGUUUUGUUGCCUACUCCAGCGGCACAACGGGCAAGCCCAAGGGCAUUGCCAAUCCCCACAAGGCAGCUGUGCUCUCGUACAACCUCAGAUUUGGCUUCUCAGACAUACAGCCUGGAGACCGAGUUGCUUGCAACGUGUUCUUUGUGUGGGAGAUCAUCCGACCAUUGCUGCGCGGAGCAACCGUCAUUGCUGUCCCAGACGAGGCCAGCUACGAUCCCCGCAUGCUUGUUGAUCUUCUCAGCUCGAAAAAGGUCACCGAGACACUCUUCACACCUACCCUGUUCGCCGCUGUACUAGCCCGUCACCAAGCGCUGGAGACACGCCUUCCCAAUUUGAAGACAGUAUGGCUAAACGGCGAGGUAGUGACCACCGACCUGGCAAGACGAGGACUGAAAUCUUUGCCAAACACCCGCCUCCUCAAUGUCUACAGUGCCUGUGAGACACACGAAAUUGCUUGCGGCGACAUCAAGGAGAUGCUUGGGCAGCUUGAGAAGGACGCCCCCUACUGCCCGGUCGGGCCACCUCUGAUCGACAAGAAGUACGUCUACAUUCUAAACGAGAGUGGCCAAAGAGUCGACGAGGGUGAGAACGGCGAACUUUUUAUAGGUGGCCAUCUUCUUGCGCGAGGCUACCUUAACCUUCCGGAAGUGACUGCGAAAGCUUUCACGCCGAAUCCCUUUAGCUCACAGAAGGGUGCGCGAAUGUAUAGGACUGGAGACAAGGCCAGAUUACUUGCAAAUGGCCUCCUAGAGAUCACCGGGCGUGUUGGUGCGAUGAUCAAGAUUCGCGGAUAUUCGGUUGUACCUGGCAAGGUUGAGAGUGAGAUCCGAAACCACCUUGCAGUUAGCCACUGCGCAGUCAUUGCUUACGGCGAUGGAAUCGACAGACAGCUUGUUGCAUAUAUCGUCCACGACAAGGACUCAUCUGAGCAGCGUCCCGUUGUCGAGAUCGACAAGGCCGGACGCAGCUCUACUGCACGCCGCAUGCUGCAGUCUUACCUCGCACACUACAUGUUGCCUGCUCUCUGGGUCGAGCUGGAGACACUGCCUACCAAUGAUGUUUCCGGAAAAGUGAACGUGAAGGCCCUGCCGCCGCCGAGGUCCAGCUCACCAACUGGAAGUGCCCGCAGGUACGAGCAGAGCCCGAUCGACAUCGAGCAGAUUCAAACGAUUUGGGCCUCCAUUCUCGGCAUCAGUGCAAGCUCUAUUACCCCAGAGUACAACUUCUUCGAUCUCGGUGGCCACUCACUUUUACUUGCUGAUCUUGCUGCACGUCUUUCGAACACUUUCGGUUUCCGAGUGCCAGUCGCUCGUCUUGCAACACCAGCAACUCUCAACGGUCACCUGGAUACCGUUCGUAAGAUUCGAGACGGUGCAGUAGCUGAGGUUCAGGAUAACCUACCUGCGGUUCUGAAGGCUGAUGCUAUCUUAGACAAGGACAUUCAGCCCAAAGACGCCAAAUUUGUCGCACUCAAAGACGCCGAGACUGUGCUCCUGACCGGUGUCACAGGUUUCUUGGGUGCAUUUCUCCUCAGAGACCUCCUCGAGCACACAUCCGCUACCAUUAUCUGUAUGGUUCGUUUCCCUGAUGCCUCGCAGGAUGAUGUUCCGGCUGCCAUAGCAAGGAUCCGCAGCAAUCUGCUCGACUUCGGCUUGUGGAGCGACUCCGUGAUGGAGCGUGUCGAGAUCCUACCUGGUAACUUGUCUAGGAAGCGAUUUGGUCUGCCACCAAACACAUUCCAAAAGCUCGCUGAUCGACUCGAUGUCAUCGUUCACGCUGCUGCCACUGUCAACCUGGUAUACCCAUACGCUGCACUGCAAAAGCCAAACGUUGGUGGUACAAGGGAGAUACUUCGUCUUGCCAGCGCCGGUAGCGUCACAGUGCAGUACAUUUCCACUAACGGUGUGCUUCCUCCCGCCAAGGGUCGCAAAGGAUGGUCCGAGGAUAGCAUGCUUGGUGUAGAAGACGUACCAACCAAGCUGGCAGACGGUUACGGUCAGACCAAGUGGGUUGCCGAGCAGCUCGCACUGGAGGCGCAGAAGCGUGGUCUGCCCAUCAAGAUCCAUCGUCUAGGUACUAUCAGUGGUCACAGUGAGACCGGUGCUGCCAACGCCUGGGAUUUGCUGACCGCGUUGAUUGUCGAGUCUAUCCGCAUCGGUCACUACCCAGACGUCAAGGGCUGGCGCGCUGAGAUGACACCCGUCGACUUUGUCAGCAAGGCUAUCUUACACCUCAGUGAUCAAAUCGAGACCGAACAGACCGUAUUCCACAUCGGUGACCCAGACCCAGUGGAUAUCAGCAAAGUCUUCGAAGACGUUGAGAAGCUGGGUUACCCCACCAAACCCAUGGAGUUCUCGAAAUGGGUUGCUCUUUGGGACGAGAAGCGUGGCUCUGCCAAGGGUGGUGUUGGUGCUUUCACAGUCGACAUCCUCCGCAGUGGUAUGCCCAGCAUCGAGUUCCUGAGGGAUGUUGUUGUUCUUGACAACAGCAAGACACGACCCCUUCGCUCGGCCGUCGAACGCCCCAAGGUCGAUGGGGCUCUUCUUGAGACCUACACACGCCACUGGUACGCACGUGGUUGGCUAGCAUCGCCGCCUCAGAGCCAAAACGCUGUAGGCGGCUCCGCACGAACUCUUCCAUGCCGAGGACCUCUGUACGGCAAGGUCGCCAUUGUCAUGGGCGCCUCUUCAGGUAUCGGUGCCGCCACUGCUGCAGCUCUGACGCGCGAAGGCUGCCGCGUUGCCCUCGCAGCGCGCCGCAUUGACGCUCUCGAGAGCUUAAAAAAGCGCCUCACCAUUCGCGAAGGCAAAAUCAUCACCCAGAAAACUGAUGUCACCGACAAGGCUCAGGUUGCAGCCCUCGUCGCCGCAACAGAAGAGAAGCUCGGCCCGGUCGAUAUAUUCGUCAACGUCUCCGGCGUCAUGUACUUCACCAUGAUGGCAAACGCUCUUACAGAUCAGUGGGAUCAGACUGUCGAUGUCAAUUGCAAGGGUAUCUGCAACACUAUCGCCGCCGUUGUGCCCGGUAUGCUCAAGCGCGGAAAGGGCCACUUCGUAGCCAUCUCCUCAGACGCAGGGCGCAAGGUCUUCCCCGGUCUCGGUGUCUACUCAGCUUCCAAAUUCUUCGUUGAGGCGACACUGCAGGCUCUGCGUGUCGAGACUGCUGGAACUGGAUUAAGGGUCACAGCUGUGCAGCCAGGUAAUGUUGCAACGGAUCUGCUGGGUAUGAGCACGGAUAAGGAGGCGCUGAAGAAGUACGGUGAGCCCAGUGGCGCGAAGGUACUGGAUCCGGAAGAUGUUGCGGGAAGCAUUGUGUACGCGCUCAAGCAGCCUGAACAUGUCGCUGUUAAUGAAGUGAUGAUCGAGCCAAGGGAUGAGCCGAUCUAAACGACGCCAGAAGGUCUGGUAGCUGCAAGGCAUUCUGAGCGAUCGAAACAGUUGCCAAAUCAUGAAUUCAUUAUCACCGUCUUCACUGGAUGAUAUUUCUCAGUUCCGACUUUGCUAUGGGAGCUCGUCAUUUACUUCUUUCCCGAUCCUAUGUAUACUGUCUGCGAACCCUCUGAAG